GUACAAAGUAUACAAAAAUAAAAGCUGGAGCAUAAUGUGUUAAAUAAGCAUUUAUUUAACCAUUAAUGUAUUGACAGAACUAAUGACAUAUUACAAAACGAUAACUGGUCGACAAACAUCCUGCUGUCAUGUGGUGAUGAGUAAUCCUCUGUGUCUCUGGAGUUGGUUUGAGAUGAUUUACGUUCUUUGCGUUUUCAUCUCGACAUCGUUCGUCAGAGCGACGGAGUUUGGCCAAGAACACAGCCUUCUUCAGCCUCCCCCUUCUCUCCUUCUCUAUAAAAGGAGCUGAGCUGCUUCCACAGAGUCAGUCCGAGUCCACGGCUGCCAAACGACCUCAACUACUCACACUUGUUUGACUUUUAAGGAAAAUACUCCAGCCGCAAGACACUGAGCUGCAGCAACCUCUGGAAUAGCUCGUGGAGAAGAUUCAGUCCAGAUUUUCCAGAACAGAGCACUGGAGACACGCUCACACAAGGCAGUCCACUGUGAUCCGACCCUGAAAGCAUCAACGCUGCCAUGAACAGCCUCGUUUCCAUCGCCCUGAUAUUCCUGGGUGCCAGCUUGUCUGCUUCCCUCUUCAUUCCCGACUCCCCGGAGCUGAGGCAGUUAAUGCAACGCUACCAGGAUGAGCUGGAACCCAACAGCACAAAAGCUGAUGUGCCUGUACGCACUCGCAGAGCCAUCAAGUGGACGGACAGGGAGGAGAUCCUGCAACUGCACAACAAGCUGAGAGGAGAGGUGUACCCGACUGCCUCCAACAUGGAGUACAUGGUUUGGGAUGAUGAACUGGAGAAGUCGGCAACUUAUUGGGCAGAACAAUGCCAGUGGGAACAUGGACCUCAAGACCUUCUGAUGUCCAUUGGGCAGAACCUUGCAGUGCACUGGGGAAGGUACCGCUCUCCUGCCUACCAUGUGCAGGCCUGGUACGACGAGGUGAAGGACUACACCUACCCUUACCCGCAUGAGUGCAACCCGUGGUGCCCUGAGCGCUGCUCUGGACCCAUGUGCACCCACUACACACAACUGGUCUGGGCCACAACCAAUCGUGUUGGCUGUGCUGUACACAUGUGUCCACGUAUGAACGUGUGGGGAGAGGUCUGGGAGAACUCAGUCUAUCUCGUCUGCAACUACUCGCCAAAGGGAAACUGGAUCGGGGAAGCCCCGUACCAACAUGGCCGCCCCUGUUCCCAGUGUCCACCAAGCUACGGAGGAGGCUGCAGAGACAACCUCUGUUACAAAGGAGUCCCUGAACGUCACGAGUCUCCAGAUAUGAAUGAGGUGGAGAAGCCUCAGGAGCCGGUACAGCCUCAAACUACUCCAACUAAACCUCAGCCCAAGCCUUUCUCCCCUAAAAAAGUUGCAAAUGCCAAACCUUCCUCACCCAAGACUACAAGAAAUACCUAUCUAGCCCAAAUUAUUAAGUGUGAGACAAAAAUGAGGGACAAAUGUAAAGGUGCAACCUGCAAUAGGUACAACUGCCCAGCCAAUUGUAUAAAUAAGAAGGGGAAAGUAUGGGGAACGCUGUACUAUGAUGUUCAAUCAAGUAUUUGCCGUGCUGCAAUCCACUAUGGAAUAAUUGACAACAAUGGAGGCCUUGUUGACGUCACAAGAAAAGACAGCUUCCCGUUCUUUGUAAAGGCAACCAAGAAUGGCGUAGAGUCAUUCAGUAAAUACAAACCUGGCAAUGCAUUUAUGGUGUCAAAAGUGGAAGAGCAAACGAUAGACUGCUACACGACAGUGGCAGAGAUUUGUCCCUUCAAGACGUCCACCUCUCAUUGUCCAAGAGUGUUCUGCCAAGCUAACUGCAUAAACGAACCUUCAUACUGGGCUCCAGUGGUCGGCAGCAACAUCUACGCUGACGGCUCCAGUAUCUGCCGAGCUGCUAUCCACGCUGGAGUGAUCAAAGCUGGCGGGGGAUAUGUGGACCUCCUGGCUCUGGAUAAGAGGAAAAGUUACACCGGGACCAUGAAGAAUGGCAUUCAGUCCGAGAGUAAAACCAAUACAGAAGGUGGUUCGUUCCGUGUCUUCGCUGUUAGAGAGUGAGACGCCACUGACGGGACACAAGAGAUUUGCUUUACAAGAGAUACCCCUUCCAUCUUUCUCUGACUUUUGGAGGAAAGAGACAUUUAAAGAAGACCAAAGUCUUCUCAAACUAGUUCAAUCGAUGGGCUUCCAAAGGUUUUAUAUACAAUUGUGAACAAUAUUUUGACCACACAUGCAACUCUUAAUAAAAUGCAGUGCAGUAGACAUGGUAUUUUAACAGCGGUGCUGGUUUAAAUCGUUGUUGUUUUUAAUCGAAUAAGUCCGUUUACUUUUUUGGAUUACAUUCUAUUAGUUUUGAAUACAUGCAAAAUCUCUAAUUUUUCAAUACAAAAUGCAUAUUGGUUACACUGUAUUUAAUCUGUAAAUUUUUUUUUUUAAUUUUUCUUUGUGCUUUAUGUCAAAUCAGUUUUUUUUUUUUUUGGAAGCCAGAGCAGGAAUAGAGUUUAACAGUCACCACCAACUUAUUUGCUUCGAGACUUAUUUUUCAAAUUCAAUAUAUCCGUAGAGGAAAAAACAAACAAACCAACCAUCGUCUCAAAGACUUUUUAAAACUGAUUCCCUGUGAUGAAAAUGAAUGGGAAUUUUACUUCCGCAACCCGACUGUUGCGCUCUAUCGCAAUAAUAUUGAGUGUGUACAGUACAGUGGGGAUCUGUUGGACUUGGACUGGGCAAACUGAGAAAUGGGAAAGAAAAGGAGGCAUAACUCCAAGCAAAAGAGAACUUCCCUUCAUAAUGCAUGUGAGCCUUCCAGAGUCAACACUACUCGGUCAUUAUGGUAAAGGUGCAAAAACAUUGAAACAAUGUGCAGUCCUGGGAGAAUUCAGCAUCACUGAGUGCAUGUUUAGGCUCAUCUUUCAUACCUUCGUUUUUGUUAUUUAUUAUUAUGUGUCCUUCAAUCCCUGCUCAGAACUGCAAAUUACGUGGAGCAGAACCAAAUGUUUAUGGAUGUGACACAUGAUAUGUGCUCACUUGAGAAUCAAAUGUCAACCCAGAGUCCUACGUUACUGCCAAAAGCAAUUUCAUUGGAAGUUUAACUUAUUUUUAUUUUGCACGGUGGCGGCUGAACAUCGAUUUGUUUAAACCACUUUGAUACGGCAACAUUAUAAAAGCAUGUAAAGUCAUACAUCUGAGAGGAAAGAGACUGCGGUCUAAAGUAUGUCUUAUCUAAAUGCAUAUUUCCUAGUUGUACAGUGUUUGGAGUCGAGGAUUCAGACUAAAUAUAGAUGUUCGUAUAUGGAAUAUGUGCCGAGGAGCACUAUAAUCCCUUUUGAAGGCUUCUGUUUUGCUGCUUUUUACUUUUCACCUAUUUACUUUCACGUUCUUGAAUUGUUUACCUCAGUGCAGCAAUAUAUUCGAGUAUGAUGUUUGUACAGUUUUUAAAAAUGGUUCGUGUAAAUAUUCAGAUUUGUGCUUUGUUUUCAGUAUUGUCAGUAUUUUAAGAGGAUCUCCUCGGUUUUUUUUCAAAGCUAUACGAUAAUUGUUUUGUUUUUUUUUGCACAAAUUGAAAAUAAGUCUAUAAAAAUCCA